AUUGGUUUACUAGUGCCGCAAUUAGCUACGACUUAAAACGUAUACCUGGUGUAUACCUGGUGUAUGCCUACCUAAGCUGCUGAAUUGGGUCAUAUAUCGUGCAGGUAGAGCCCAAUUAAACCUAGUACCUAGCCAAUGACUCCUUUUUUGAGUGCAGUAACCAGAGAAUGCAUCACCAUCAAAAUCUAGGAGAAGCAGCUGCCAUGUCAGGCAUGCUGCCGCCAUAUGAAGCAAUGGCAAUGUACGAACAGCCCAAGCCCCGUUUCAUUUUCAAGAUGCCACGUGUUGUGCCCGAUCAGAAAGCAAAGUACGACAGCGACGAGUUGUUCCGUCGUCUUGGUCGGGAGACUGAGGUUCGCUAUACUGGAUACAGGGAGCGUGCCAUUGACGAGCGACGCUUAAGAUUUGUCAACGACUGUCGUAAGGGCUAUGCGGAGCUCUCCUUUGUGACAUCGGGCACCAAUGUGCAGCUCUACUUCAAUGCGAAUCACAAUCCCUAUGCCCAGGACCAGGAGUGCGACUUUGAGCGGGAGCGUGGCAAGGUGCAUCUUCGCUCCCAUUUCAUUAUGAACGGAGUUUGUGUGCGCUUCCGCGGCUGGGUGGAUCUGGAUCGACUAGACGGCGUCGCCACACUGGAGUUUGACGAGGGACGCGCCCAGCAGGAAGAUGCCCAGCUGCGGGAACAGAUCGAGAGCUAUAACCAACGCAUGUCCGUGGCGAAGCGCAUUUAUCCCGUACCCAACACACCCCCCGAGGACCACAUUCGUCGUGGCGGACCCGGAGCCAUGCCGGGUGGACCGAUGGGCUGGUAAUGAUUGGGAUACUAUGUAUAGCGAAAUCGUUGAAUAGCCGAUUUUUAAAAUCACCUUCAUUGCCAGUAGAUUAGGUAGAAAUUUGAGUUCCAUCUGAAUAUACAUAAAUUCUCAUGUCAUUUUAUAAUUGUUUUGCUGUUGUGGCUCCCUCCUUAAGGGUUGCUGUUUAUAUUGCUGUGCCUCGGGGUAGCCGGCCGGGGUCUACGGCCUUAAUUACGACAGUUUUCCAACAACCACCACCAGUGCCACUGCCACCACCCAAACACCCAAACAUACAGUCCAGCUGCCGUUCUCCCUGCUGCUGCUGAGAGGCAGAGUCGUCGCGUCGCCCUACUACUUUGCGAGCGCCGAGCAUGUGAGCAUAUCUAUGUACUAUAUUGAUUUUCUGACAUUUUGCUUCGGAUGCUGCCGAAAUAAACUUUGCAACUGGUACGCGCGCCUCAGUCUCUUUUCGAACGCGAGCGCGCCGUGCCGUUUUUUUGGGACGAGCAACACGCAGCCGGGAAAUCGCUAGGGAAUGCCGCAGAAAAAGAAUUCAUAAAAUUAUACAUACUACCAGAAAGCGGUUUGCAAAACCAUUCAAAUUUCUGCCUGAAAUUGUUGUUGCUGCUGUUGUACUUUUCCGUUCGGCACGAAUAAGCUGCGACGAGGGCUAAAUUUAGCGACCGGUGUAUUAUUUGUAGGGUGCUCUGUUUGUACGAGUAUAUGGGAUCCCAGUGAACUACGCCCCCCCCCCGCCCACAACAACACCACCACUUUGAGAG